CACACUGAGAUCUUUGUCACAAACUGUUGGAUUUCCUGCAGAAAGAUGGAGACACUGCUCGCACUCUGGAUCGCUCUCAGCGUCGCCGCCUCAGUGUCUUCUCACGAGUUCCAUGACCCAACAACCACCUCACCAUCAUUUAACAGCAGUGAUGACAUUUUUGGCAACACCACUGACCUCACAUUAACAUCACCUGCACCUGCCACAGCCACGCCAUCUGAUCCCGACCUCAUCAUGUUCAACACCACCUGUAACCACACAGAGGAAGCUUACGUCGACAUGCACGACAUGCAUGACAUGCACGACAUGCACGAAGUGCACGACAUGCACGAAGUGCACGACAUGCAUGAUGAAAACGCCUCCGAAAACACCGCCAGUGAAACAAUCUCAAUACAAAACAUAACAACAAUCCACUAUAGCGUGAUAAAAACUUUUCCAAACGGCACUGAACACAUAACAAACAGAACCACUGUCAUCUCGUUGACGCCAGACAUCAUAAACAAUGAAACGGUUUUCUUCAGCAACAACGCUCCCAUACACUCUUCUUCAUCUUCAUCCGCCAUGACAAACACAGACAACAGCGCAAACCAUGAAACAGUUUCCUCCAACAACAACGUUCACGUCGACUCUUCAUCUUCAUCCAGUGCGUCAAACACCGGAAAUAUCGCAAACCACGGAACAGUUUCCUUCAGCAACAACACUCACGUCCACUUUUCGUCUUCAUCUUCAUCCAGUGCGUCAAACACUGAAAACAUUGCAAACCACGGAACAGUUUCCUUCAGCAACAACAAUCACGUCCAGUCUUCCUCUUCAUCUUCAUCCAGUGCGUCAAACACUGAAAACAUCGCAAACCACGGAACAGUUUCCUUCAGCAACAACAAUCACGUCCAGUCUUCGUCUUCAUCUUCAUCCAGUGCGUCAAACACUGAAAACAUCGCAAACCACGAAACAGUUUCCAUCAGCAACAACAAUCACGUCCAGUCUUCAUCUUCAUCCAGCGCGUCAAACACCAAUAACACCAGACUCAAUGGAGAAGUUACCCUUAGCAACAACACUAACAAUGUCCACUCUAUAACCACUGUAUCAAACACCAACAACACCGGAAACACUGCACAUGAUGACACAGCUCCCCCCAGCAACACCGCUCACAACAACUCUUCAUCCACUGCCUCAAACACCGGAACAGUUUCCACCAGCGACAGCACUAACGACCACUCUUCAUCCACUGUCCCAAACACUGAAAACACACCACAUGAUGAAACAGCUCCCACCAGCAACACCGCUCACAACAACUCUACAUCCACUGCCUCAAAUACCGAAACAGUUUCCACCAGCAACAACACUAACGUCCACUCUUCAUCCACCUCCUCAAACACUGAAAACACCUCAAACCAUGCAACAGCUUCCCCCGGUACCGAGACUCACAACUCUACAUCCACUGGAACAACGUCUAAUGAUACCACGGCAACAGGAAGUGGUGCCACAACAGCCAGCGGCACACCAGGUUCCACAAAUAACACAACCACGUCGCAGAGUGCGACCUCGGCCCCGACCUCAGCCCGCAGCGGCGUACCUGGGUGGGCGAUCGCUCUGCUGGUCCUAGCUGCUGUGGCUCUGCUGCUGCUGUUCCUGCUGCUCUGCGGACUGCUGGUUUGGUGCUGCUGCUUCAGGAAGCGCCACAAAGAAAGUCCCUACGACCACAUGGCCAGCAGAGACGACAUCCCUCUGUACACCACACAUGGCCGCUUCGAUGGGCCCAUUGGAAAACCGUACGAUCAACGCAUGAAUACCAGGACGACGACGUACACGGUCAACGCAUAGUGGCGGAGACGAGACGACCGACACGUGACGAAAAUCACAUCAAACACUUUAACACAGAACACUUUCUUCACGGUUUUCGGGUUUUUUUAUUUGUAACCUUGUUUCAUUUUAAUAAACAUGUGACUCAGUUAUAAUUCAGCUCAUAGCUGCUUUUAUUUAUUGUCUGUGAAGCACUGUGGGGCGCUGUAUUUAAAAUACUAAUAAACUUUUAU